UCCUCCUUCAUCUUAUUCACUAACCUUGUGAAUAUAUGUCGCAAUGGUCCUCUUGCUCGUCUGGGACGAUCCAUGGUUCCUUUCUUGACAAGUCUCCAACCGCACGGAAAAUCACGUCGAGGUCACCAAAUUUCGAAAGACGGCUAAAUCUACCCGAUCUAGACUCUGACUCGUAAAUAAACGAAAACUUGUCUCGAGGAAAAGUCAGAUACACUCCCAGAACUUUUAUUGACCACGCAAAAUAGUAUCAGUAUCACAAAGUCUGAUAUUUCUGACAAUGGGGUUCACAAUUUUCACAAUUAUCAAAAACGGUAUCGAGUUAUUUCUAGUCUAUCAUUUUUACAUGUAACGCCAUAGAAAUGUCUGCCAAUUAUUUUACACUUAAAAUUAUCUGUGUACAUUUACGUCGUAAUUUAACAUCAACUUUCCAACUUCCAAUGAUGUGCUUCCUUCCAACUUUCGAAUUUGGUCUAAAUGAGCUUAAACCGAAUGUUGCAUACAAUAAAAUUUUUUUCGUGCUUAACUCAAUGUUGGGUUAGCAAUAAGACAAUCGGAACAAUAGCAUUGAGCGCCUUUGUCCUAAAUUUCAGUAAGCUGACAAUUUUAUAAGUUUAAUAUGCGGCAUAUUUGUACACCAGUGACCUCGAGGAUCUCCUUGAAAUCUAUGUCUAUCUAUUUUACACAUUUUAUUGAAAAUUUGAACCCCGAUCGUGUCUUUUGAAGGCUGCAGCGGUUUUAUUAAUAUUAAAACAACAUCGAUAAAAUAAUUCGCACAUUUUAGAGCUUAACGAAGACAUUUCCCGACACUAACAAACAUGUCAAAUUGAUCGGUUUUGUAGCUUUUCUUCUGACUUAUGUGUCGAUGACGACGAAGACGACGGACACGAUAAUCUCAUAAGUCAUGAGAAUGAAUGAGAAUCAUGAGAUUUAUACUUUGGCCUACGCCGCUCAAGAACAUUAUAUAGGGCACGCUAUUUGGCGACCAAGUAUAAACCGGGCGUGAUGACUCAAAAGCAUAAUCCCAGCUGCACGAAGGUAUGUACAUAGAGCUGCUCAAAUUACAAUAUUCAUAGUCAAAGUACAGUAAAUGACAUGGAGUAGUUUUUUAAGUAAAAAAUAUGCCAACAGUGUAGAAAAAAACACCACUCGAUGAAAACUUUCACUUUGCUGCUCAAACGUGACAAACCCAUAAACUAUGCGUACAUAGAUGGGUAGUUACGAACGAACGACGAGCAAAUCCUGAUAACAUGAUACUUUACACUUGGCCCCGAAAGAUGGGUGGUUUUGAGUAGUUGAGCAGAACCUGUACGAAAUAUAUUGGCGUGGCAUUGAAGAGAAAAGGCAUGAUACAUUUCCUACCCGUUUCAGUUUGCGUUGUACUUUCUCCUUGAGAAAAUCCUCCAUCCAUCCAACCAACAUAACUCACACGUAGUGAAAGUGAAGCUUGGAUCGUCUCAUCACUUGCAAACGUGAAUUUAUACAUAAGUACGAGCAGAAGCAACACACCAAGCAACUGGUGGAGUUCUGUGGGCAACUUGAGAUUUUAGCUUUCACCAGAUAUAUUUCUUCUGUAUAAUUGUAUGUCAUAGUUUAAUCGUCAUUUUAUUAACUCCUUCUUGCUCGUUGAGAUGGAAGACCCACUUUUUGAGGUCUUUAACCAAACUGCUUUUGAUGUGUACUCUUUAAACUGUUACGAGACUGACAACACGACACACGUCGUGAAAGGUGAAAGUGACGAUUUUGGAGAGGGCUGGGAUAUUCUAAAACAUUCGAUGGGAUGGACAGUAGUUUUAAUUUGCGCCUAUGUUGCUAUUUUUAUUAUUGGGAUAGUGGGAAAUAUUAUGGUAGUUUGUGUUCUGGUUUUUCGCCCCCAGAUGAAAACCGUGACGAAUAUGUUCAUCCUAAACCUCGCUAUAGCCGAUUUGUUGGUCAUCAUGUUUUGCGUGGCUCCCACAUUAUUGACCAAUAUUUUGAUACCCUGGAUUCUUGGACCAUUUAUGUGCAAAGCUGUAGCCUACGUGCAAGGCAUUUCCGUUUGCGCCUCAGUUUACUCCUUGGUCGCAAUCUCCUUGGAUAGGUUUCUCGCAAUAUGGUUUCCAACGAAAAUGCCGAGAGGGCUGUCCAAAUUUCAAGCCCGGAUCAUAAUUCUCUGUAUCUGGAUUUCUGCUGCGACGAUCGUGUCCCCCUGGAUGGUGGUGUUUGUCUUGAAGGAGAAGGACGGCUAUUCCUAUUGCGUCGAGUCCUGGUCCUCACCAUUUAAGAGCAAGCUAUUCUUUGUAAUUGGAAACUUAAUCCUCUGCUACGCUCUCCCACUCGUUCUGGUCAUUCUUAGCAAUGGAUUGAUCUGGUUGCAUGUGGCCAAGAGAAAAGUGCCUCAGGAAUCAGCAUCUCCUGCCGCAAUCAAAAGAGUCCACAAAAAGACCAGGCAUGGAGUUAUAAAGAUGUUGACCUGUGUCACCCUCACGUUCCUCGUCUCGUGGCUGCCAUUAUACGUAAUUUUUCUAAUAGCAAAGAUGGAUGUACUACCUCCCACCUUAGAGAACAUGAUACCAGUGGCUCAGUGGCUUGGUGCCUCAAAUAGCUCAUGUAACCCGAUCUUGUACUCAAUCCUCAAUAAAAAAUUUCGUGACGCUUUUCGUUCUUUGAUACCUUGUCCGAGAUCGAUACAUGGUCAAAGUAACACUCAGACUCAAACUAACACGAGCAAUUCCAUCUCCUUAAAUAAUUCAACCAUAAGUGCUGCUCCUCAAAUGGUAUCGUAUAGACAGCAACAUAAUAGGAACACUUUUAGAUAUCCCAUUGUUCGGGUUUAACUUCUUAAUGAAUUAAUUUGCAUUAAUUAGUGUAUUAUAAUUAGUGAAAAUGUUGUGAAAUUUGAAGUUUGGAUUUGACUUUUUAUUUUAGAAACAAACAUCAGCGAGUUGAAGAACACCACUGAAAGGUACAACAAUAAAAUAUAAUUUUGUAACAUAAAUUAACUCCGAAAGUCAACCGGUCACGACAAC